ACCCCCAAUUCAGUGUAAAAUGGUGGUUGGAAGCUGCUGAAAUUGUACAGCCAGCGAGACUGAGAAGCGUUUGGCUGUAUCCAAAGAGGAAACACCGGUUAUAGACAGGCAGAUCUUAAAGGUGCCUCUCUAAAUUAGCCGUGGCAGUUCAAAAAGAGUAACCACCCCUGCCCCAUUUUGGUGAGAAUAUCACUUGGAGGAGCCCCAGAGCCAUAGAGAGAGAGAGAGAGAGAGAGACAGACAGGACCUGUACUAACAACCUUCAAGAAAUAACAAUCGUGGUGAUCCUGAAGCCAGUUUUACUAUGUCGCGCAGUCCCGAGGUGAAGGAGGACCCAGUAGAAUGCCCUCUGUGCAUGGAGCCAUUGGAAAUUGAUGACAUUAACUUUUUUCCUUGCACUUGUGGCUACCAGAUCUGUCGAUUUUGCUGGCACCGUAUCAGGACGGAUGAAAAUGGACUUUGUCCUGCCUGUAGAAAGCCAUAUCCCGAAGACCCUGCAGUUUAUAAGCCCCUUUCACAAGAGGAGUUGCAAAGGAUAAAAAAUGAAAAGAAACAGAAGCAAAAUGAACGGAAACAGAAAAUCUCAGAAAAUAGAAAACACCUUGCCAGUGUGCGGGUUGUUCAAAGAAAUCUAGUAUUUGUGGUGGGGCUGUCUCAAAGACUUGCUGAUCCUGAGGUUUUAAAACGACCAGAAUAUUUUGGGAAGUUUGGAAAAAUCCACAAAGUAGUCAUCAAUAACAGUACAUCUUAUGCAGGCUCACAGGGUCCGAGUGCCAGUGCGUAUGUUACUUAUAUUCGAUCUGAGGAUGCCCUUAGAGCUAUUCAGUGUGUUAAUAAUGUUGUAGUAGAUGGUAGAACACUGAAGGCCUCUUUAGGAACAACAAAGUACUGCAGUUAUUUUCUAAAAAGUAUGCAGUGCCCAAAAACUGAUUGUAUGUAUCUUCAUGAACUAGGAGAUGAGGCAGCCAGCUUUACUAAAGAAGAAAUGCAGGCUGGCAAACAUCAAGAAUAUGAACAGAAGCUUCUACAGGAGUUGUAUAAAAUGAACCCUAAUUUCUUGCAGCCUUCUGUUAGUGGUGGAGAGAAAUUAAAGGGGAAAGCCAACAAUCUACAAAGACCCAAUAGUAGUAGCAAAGAUGCCUGGCCAUCAUUACAAAGCUCAAGUAAAGCAGCAAAUGGCUUGAUGAGUGAACAUCGGAAAACACCCCCAAUCCUUGAUAACGGUUCAGAUCAAGAACACAUGACGCCAGAUGGUCCUGAUUCAGAGUUGGGGCAAGUAGCCACUCUUUGCCCCUUCUCAGCAGCUUGUGACUCUGCCAGCCCAAGUGAUAAAUCUUCAGAAUCCCUUAGUAUAGGGAAUGGGGAUAAUUUACAACAGAUUUCCAGUAGCGAUUCACCAUCACCUCCUCCUGGUUUACCAAAACAAAGCUUGGUUGUUCCCAUCAGUGCAUCCAAUCACAGUGCACGGUCUCCAUUUGAAGGAGCAGCGGCAGAAUCACAGUCUCUAUUUUCAGACAACAGUAAUUUUCGACAUCCUAACCCUAUCCCAAGCGGCCUUCCACCUUUCCCCAGCUCUCCUCAGAACAACACAGACUGGCCAACUGCACCAGAGCCACAGAGCCUAUUUACCUCAGAAACAAUACCUGUGUCAUCAUCAACAGACUGGCAAGCUGCAUUUGGCUUUGGUUCCUCUAAACAGCAAGAGGAUGACCUUGGGUUUGACCCCUUUGACAUCACCCGUAAGGCACUGGCGGACCUCAUUGAAAAAGAACUCUCUGUCCAAGACCAGUCUCCACUUUCCCCAGGCUCUUUACACAGUCCUUUACAUCCCUCAAUGUCUAAAGGGCUAGGAGCUAGCUUCAUGCACAGUGGCACACCCUCAAAUGCCAACAUCCCGAACUCAGUGUUGCCUCAAAGGUUUCCACAGUUCCAGCACAGAGCAGUGCACAACUCUUUCAGCCUCCCUGGCCAACCAACACGUUACCCUUGGUUGGGUGUUCCACGUAAUAAUCUUGUGCACUUGAACCACACAGCAUCCCCAACGUCAAAUAGUAAUUUUUUGGACUUGAGUUUACCAGCACAACACAGUACAGGCUUAGGAGGAAUCCAAAUAACAGAAAAUAGCAGUUCUGUAGAAAGUUUAAACAUGAAAGAAUGGCAGGAUGGUCUGAGAGCUUUAUUACCGAACAUCAACAUCAACUUUGGGGGGCUGCCAAAUUCUUCAUCCUCCUCUUCCUCUUCCUCCUCCACCUCCAGUGUCAACCACACAGGAGUACCCGCAGCAUCUGGGGGGAUCUCCCACAGCUUGAGCUGGGAUGGGUCAGGGACCUGGAUGGACCCAGCCAUCAUCACAGGUAUUCCUGCAUCAUCAGGAAACAGUGUGGACUCUCUACAAGAUGACAAUCCCCCUCACUGGCUCAAAUCCUUACAGGCCCUAACAGAGAUGGACGGUCCCAGCACAACAGUGUCUUCACAGCUUCCUCACAAUACUCCUUUCAGCACACAGAUCCCCCUUCACAGAGCAGGAUGGGCACCUUACCCACCUCCCUCCAAUUCAGCCAGUUUUCAUUCGCCACCACCUGGCUUUCAAACAGCCUUCAGACCCCCCAGUCAGAACCCCACAGACCUAAUACAAAGUGCCGCUAUGGACCGCCACUAGGAAUCUGCAAAUUAAAGAAAAAUCAACAAAAUACACAACUAUUAACAAAUAACAGUAUAUUUUCUUUCUAUAUUUCUUCAUUCCUUUCUGUUCAGUUUCGUGCCCCCCUUUCCUGAUCAUGCCCAAAUCUGCAGCUGCAGUGUUGUCGGUUUUUUUUUUUGUUUUUUUUUCCCUGUUUUAAUAUAUACAACUCAGUUUUCUUGCUCAUUUAGAGUGAGUGGCUUCUUCAAGAUAAACUUAAGUUGUUACUAAAAUAAAGUCUGUCCUAUUACAGAUUAGAAAACAAGGGGGUAAAUUAAAAUGGAAUGCAUGUUAGUUAUAAAAAGAUGGUUAAAUUAUCCAUAUAUUAAAAUGUAUUUAAUUGCAAUGGAUACCUGUUUAAUUAAAAUGAAUGCAAGGAAAGUUCUACAUAUGUUACGAUUACUGAACCAAGGCUUGUGAUCACCUAGGUGGUGGGUGGCAGCUGAUAUUUGAAACAUUUUUAUCUUUUAAAUGUGUUGGUGAUGUUUAGCCUUAAUAUUUAUGGUAUGGGGAUGUCUAGAAAAACACUAUGUGUUAAUCGGUAUUUCAACAAAGCAAAUAUAAAACAAAUAAUUUAUCACCCACCAAUUAAACAUAAUGAUACAUAUGUUCCUUCUGGGUACUGUUGGUGAAGUUCAGGGUGGGGUCCAGGGGGCGGAGGUAGAUUACUUCAAACUGUUAGAAGUAAUUUACCUGGUAUUUUUGUGAAAGAGCGACGUUUUUAGUGAUAGUCUGCAUCUUUUACAGUGGACAAGAACAUGGUCUAUUAUGUUAAAGUAAUAAACUGCACUGGAUGCAGCCUAUAUAUUAUUGGAGGUGGGGGGCUCCCUCUUUAAAUAUAUAGACUCUUUUUGGCUCAUCACAAAACCAGAAUCAAAAACACAUCAUUCAUCAGUUUAGAUGUUGACAAGCAAUGUAAACAAUGUUUACGGUUUAAGGUGACAGGAUUUUUAAAUAACUUGCAGAUCCCAAAGUAAAUGGAAAGCAUUGAGAGAAAGCAGCUGUGUGUUGGGGUUUCCUAACAUAAUUGUUUACCAAAAAAAGUAAAUGGUUAAGGGAAAAAAGUUCUUAUACUAUUAUGGAAAAAGUUUUAGAAUUAUUAUCUUGAAAGAACUUACAAUGUUUCUUUAUCCCACUACAUAUACAGUAUAUAGCACCCCAGGAUCAGAAUGAGGUCAUGUCUGUUUUAGUAUGUUUGUCUUGCAGAUGGCUCAAGAAUAAUAACAAGGGCAUGAAGUAGAAGAAUAAUUUUAUAGAACUACAGAAUUGGAUUUUUUUAUUGCUCUAGGAAAAAAGUUUUUAAAUUAAACCUUUCCAAUUAAAUAACUGAUUAAUUAGGAGAAAUAAUUACCUUCAUCAGUUUCAUUAUUUCUUUUUUGCUUGUGCAAACUUAUAUUUUUCCUUCCACCUUCUGUCUGAUUUUUCUAUUGCAGUGUAUUUUAAAUUCACUGUAACUUUUUUUUUUCUUGUUGGAUAGUAGUUCAUUUGGGGGGCACAUGAUCAACCACCAGUAGUCCUUUUUCCAGUUAACAAACUCCUAAAUUCAUUUUUUCCUUAACUGCAUAGGUUCCUGCAAACUGUUAAGUAUUCAUUAAAUAAAAACAGAAGCAGAUAACUAUGGGUAUAACCUGAUUCUAAAAAAGUUAAAAACUAAAGGAAUUGUACCUCUCUUUACAGAUCUGGAACUAAAAUCAUAAAUAAAAGAGAAAACUUGA